AUGGGAGCUGCUUAUGGUGCAGAUGGAACAUGGCAGUUAAAACUUUUGAACAAGCUAGCGCUAGAAGAUUAUCCUCAUGUAAAGACCAAAGUUACGUAUACUACUAUAUCUCUUUUCAUUUUUAUAGGCAUUAAGAGGGAACCAGAUGCUGAUCAUGAAGGUCCACCGCCAAGGAGUUUUUCUGCCAAUGUUAAAGUUGAACCACCUGAAAUCAAACAAGAAUUUGCUGAACCAAAACAAGAACCCUUUGAAGAGAGACGAGGUGAGAAGCGGCAAUCAUCCAGUGAGCCAGGGCCCCCAGAUUCCAAGAGAUAUCGUCCUGAAAGUACUGAUAAACAUACAGACGAUGACCCUGAUUAUGAUAAAGAGGCAGUGAUUCUUGACUGGUACAACAGUGACUUGAGUUUGAUCAUAGAUAAAGAGACCUUCUUGAGUGCAACACCUAUGACUUCAGAUGGUUUUGCUUAUGUAUGGCAUGGAGUUCGUGCUAGAUAUGGCUUCCUGCGUGGUCGCUUAUUCUAUGAGGUUAAGGUAGAGGAUCACUUGGCAGUUCCCCACCUUGAAGAAGAACAACAUCCCCAUGUUCUACGAUGUGGGUGGUCCAUUGAUGAUGCCGGAAUGACGCUUGGAGAGGAGCCCUUCAGCUAUGGUUAUGGUGGAACAGCAAAGGCAUCCACCGACUUGAAAUUCAAAGAUUAUGGACGACCCUUUGGAAAAGGUGAUGUCAUAGGCUGCUUUUUAGACAUGGAUGCUGAGCCCAUCACCAUGUCGUUCAGCGUGAAUGGGAGGAAUUUUGGGAAGUGCUAUGAAGUGUCUCAUCGUAGCCUACAGGGAAAAGCUUUGUUUCCUCACAUCUUGACCAAGAAUUGUACCUUCAAGGUGAACUUUGGCUCAGAAUAUCCAUGGUUCCAGCCCAUGGCAAGAUAUACAUUUGUUGAUCAGAUCCCUCUGGAGGAGAGGGUGUUGGGUUCACAGGGGCCUCAGACACGACAGGAUUCUGAGGUUAUCAUGAUGGUAGGCCUUCCGGCUUGUGGAAAGACCACUUGGGUUGAGAAAUACUGUAAAGAGCACCCUGAGAAGAAGUUUUAUGUUUUGGGAACCAAUUUCCUCAUUGACAAGAUGAAAGUGAAUGGUCUCACAAGGAAACGCAACUACCACGGCAGAUGGGACGCCCUCAUUGAGAAGUGCACGAAAUGCCUCAACAAACUUUUGGAGAUGUCUUACAAACGAAAACGUAACUUCAUCAUUGAUCAGACAAAUGUAUAUCCCUCAGCACGCAGGCGUAAAAUGAAAGGAUUCCCAGGAUUUUAUCGCCGAGCCGUGGUCCUCGUUCCAGACGAUGCCGAGUUCCAGAGGCGUACUGAGAAGCAAAUUAGACAGGAGGGUAAAAAUGUUCCUGACUCUGCUGUAUUGGAAAUGAAAGCUAACUUCACAAUACCAGAGGUGGAUGAUGAAAUAUUCGAUGCUGUGGACUUCGUAGAGUUGAAUGCUGAAGAAGCUGCCAAAUUGGUUGAACAGUACAACCAAGAGGCACAAAGGGCAGGUUAUGUCAAGAAGCCUGUGAGAGGUGGUCGUGGUGGUGGCGGCAAUUUCCGUGGCGGAUGGAACAGAGAUCGAAAUUCCAGUAGUAAUCGGGGUGGUUAUAACAGAGAUAACUUUGGUGGGAAUAGCAGGGACUCAAACAGUGACCAAAGCAGUGAUUUCACGCUUUGGACUUACCAAAGAGAUAAUGAAUUGGGUGGUUCAAGAGGUUUUGAUGGAGAUCGGAGCUCAGGUAAUAGAGACUUUGACAGAAGUAAUGAUAACCGAGGAAGAUAUGGUCAAAACAACUUUGGUAGAAACAGAGACUCAUUUAGAAGUUUUGAUAAAGAUAAUCGGGGUGGAGAUAAUUAUAGUUCAGGAGGGUUUGGGCAGAGUAAUUUUGGUGGCAACAGAGAUAUGACGAGAGGACUUGAUAUGGACAGGGGUAAUAGAGAUUUUAGCAGAGGCGGUGGUGAUAGUGGUCGUGGUAGUUACAGCAGAGAUAAUUUUGGUGGUAGUAGCAGGGAUAACAACAGAGGGUUUGGCUUUGAUAAUGGUGACCGAAGUGAAAUGAGAGGUAGUUUCAGUAGAGAUACGCAGAGAGGUAUGGAUCGUGAUUAUAAUCGUGGGGGUAGUGAUAACUUUGGCGCUUCGGUGGCAGCAAUAGAGGAUUUUGGCCAACCAUGA